AUGUCUGUGGGUUUGCAUAAAUAUUGUUCUGAAGGUGGCUGGAAUAACAACCCUGACGCCAGCCAGUUCAAGUACAUUUUCCGGAAGCUGAUGGCCAGGUGUGGGGUUGUUAAACCAAGCAGCAAAGGCAAUGUGACAGCACAGGAUGACACAGAGUCCCUACCAGCUGAUCAGUCUGCUGUUCAGUCCUACCACAUAGACACAUCUACCAACCUGUCGGCUGUAGAAAUGUCCUCUGCAGAAGGAGAAGAUCUCCCUUCCCCGUUUGCAGACAUUCCUGCCCUUGUACAAGACCACAGCUAUCUUCCCAAGAAGUUUGAUGGUCUUGUGGAAAAUGUGCUUGUGUACAUUUCAGGAUUUGUGGUGCGACGCACACUAAAAAAGCUUUCCUGUGAUGUCUGCCGGGCAAGCCUGUUGAUGGAUGCUGAAUCUGCCAGUAAGGACCAGAGCUACCAUCUGCUGACGCUGAAAAACAAUGGAGGUCUUGUCAUCCCAUCAGCAGGCACCGUGAAGGUCGUCAGGGCAGCAGAGUGGGUUGUUCGGCAGGCAGUAGCAGAUUCCAGGAGAUCGCAACCCAUCAAACUGUUGGAGGUCCUCUACAUGGUGAGGAAGAGGAUAGGUGGAGAGGAUGUGUUUUUGCUCGGGGAGCACAUCACUGACACGCGAUAUGGCAUUGACAGUCACCACCAUACACUCUUGACUCUGGUUGUGUCCCUCUUCUUCAAGCUAAGGCUGCAGCACAUUGCGAAAAUGUCAACGCUUAGCUUGCAGAAAGACAGUGUGAGACAGAAGCUCACAAAAACUGUCCUUUUCAAAGGGCAGUAGCGCAAACUAUUUGUGCACUUAAAGGAUGGGUUUUCAACUGGUGGUCUGUUUAGUUUGCUACUCUUCUUUCAUGUUUGCAUGUGAAUGAGUGGUGUAUGAGUGUGUGCGUGAAUGGGUGAAUGUGGGGCUUUGUAAAGCGCUUUGGGCACCAAGAUGGUGUAGAAAAGCGCUAUGUAAGUUCAGACCAUUUAAGAGAGAGGAGGAGAGGGAGGGAGCUGUAUUGAUUAUAUUGUAUUGAU